CGCAGGCGCGGGACGGCUCGCGCAGGCGCGGUGCGCGGUUGUCGCGGUGAGCCGGUUGACCCGAGUUCCGGCAUGUCGGACCGGCGUCCUGGGGCGGCUUCCCGGUUGCCCGCGCGCCAUGGAAUGCCUGCGCUGCCUGCCCGGGCUGCUGCCCCGCGCCGCGCAGCCCCGGAGGGCCCUGUGGACGGCGGUCGCGCGCCUGAGCCUCGCUGCCUGCGGCGGCCGCGCGACCCCUUUGCGCUCCCGGAGCCCGAAAGCGUCGAGCACAGCCCGCGCUGCAGGUGAUGUGCUCCGGUUUAGAACCUCGGAUGCCUCUCAAGCCACUUUAGCCAGCGUGGCCCAGGUGUUUGCUGUGACAAAGUUUGACAAAGAAGGAAACGUUACCUCUUUUGAGAGGAAGAAAACUGAACUAUACCAUGAGUUAGCACUCCAGGCCAGAGACUUGAGGUUUCAGCACGUGAUGAGCAUCACUACUAGAAACAACAGGAUCAUCAUGAGGAUGGAGUAUUUGAAGGCUGUGAUAACUCCAGAGUGUCUUCUGAUACUAGAUUAUCGGAAUUUAAAUUUGGAGCACUGGCUGUUUCGGGAACUGCCCUCACAGCUGGCUGGAGAAGGUCAGCUGGUCACCUACCCAUUACCAUUUGAGUUCAGAGCUAUUGAAGCACUCCUGCAGUACUGGAUCAGCACCCUUCGGGGGAGACUAAGCGUCCUGCAGCCACUGAUCCUCGAGACCCUGGAUGCUCUAGUGGACCCCAAGCACUCGUCUGUGGACAGAAGCAAGCUGCAUGUCCUACUCCAAAACGGCAAAAGUGAGAAGAGCAGCACUGGGAUCGACCACGCAGAGGAGAUGGAGCUGCUGCUGGAGAACUACUACCGCUUAGCAGAGGACCUCUCCAACGAGGCGCGCGAGCUUCGGGUCCUGAUUGACGAUUCGCAGAGCAUUAUCUUCAUCAACCUAGACAGCCAUCGCAAUGUGAUGAUGAGGUUAAAUCUCCAGCUGACCAUGGGAACCUUCUCCCUUUCACUCUUUGGUCUGAUGGGAGUUGCUUUUGGCAUGAAUUUGGAAUCUUCCCUUGAAGAGGACCAUCGCGUGUUUUGGCUGGUUACGGGGAUUAUGUUUAUGGGAAGUGGUCUCAUCUGGAGGAGGUUGCUCUCAUUCCUUGGAAGACAGCUGGAAGCUCCUGUGCCCCCUGUGAUGACCUCCUUACCUAAAAAGACCCUUCUGGCCAAUAGAAGGAUGGACGUGAAAAACAGCCUCAGGCCGGAAGGACUUGGAGCAAGCAGGACUAUCCUGGCAAGCCGCUAGCAGCAGCCUGACAGACAAAGAUUUGUAUACUUCUGAAGCUAUUAUUACUUUCUGGGGAAAAAAGACAACUGGUGUUUAAAUUAUGUCUGACUAAAAAUACUGUGGCAUUCACAAUACUAAACUUGAUCACAUCUUCAGAAUUCUUUGAGACUAAGAAGAGGUUUCUUUGUAAAAGGCCAAAACCCUGUGUCCUACCAACUUUUGAAAUACUGUUUUUAUGGGCUUUUUAAAGUAUAGAUUAAUUUAUUGUGAGGUAGACUUAUGUAGAUUCAGCGUCAUUCUACAUAUCAAGAAGAGUGCAGCUUCGUGCUGAAGGAGCCCAGGGACUGGCAGAGCCCAUGGUUCCUGAGCACACAGACCUCACUUCCUCGCGCAGGGAGGGACCCACACUCCUAGCAGGUUCUCACUCAGGAACGAAAGCUAAUGGAUCUGUUAGCCUUGCAGCAAGCUCUGGAGGAGUGUUAGACCUUCCAGGCAUUUGCUCUCUUUUAUAUAUAAGAUGAAUGAAAGGAGGUAUAAUUUAAUGUCAGCAUAUUUGGAUUCCAGUUAAUCAAGAUUCUUACUAUUUUUUGAUUAGUUAUAAAUAGAACCAUGGGAGUUAGGUUUAAAGAAGGAGUUUGUUUAUUCUCUUACAAUUUUAUAGCUGUUUUGAUGAUUGCCUGUUUUAAGAGAUUGUCCUACUACCCCCUCCCCAGGAGAAAAUGUAUACAGCCAGCUAAUGUGUUUGCCGACCUCUCAGAAGUUAGCAGAUGGGCUUGUCAAACAAGAACGUAGCUAAUGCAAGAACUGUGGGAACGUGAUCUUCCCAGUCAAAAGUUCUCGUUUAAAACAAAUGGCAAAGCAGGCCAUGGUUGCUCCACCAGCUGUGCCUCCAGUCCUUGAGAGGCUGCAGCAGGGAGAUUACAAAGAGUUUGAGGCCAGCCUGGGCUACAGAUUACGUUCUAGGCCAGUGAAGGUUAUAGAGUGAGUUCCAGGCCCACCUGGACUAUAAGUAAGACACUGACUCAAAACACCAUCUGAAAUGAGGCUGCGAGUGCUGCUCAUUUUAGAGUGCUCACUCGCCUGGUGGAGCAGAGCUGGGGGGUCAGCCCUCUAACUGCACGGGAAGAGACAGAUCGCUCAUACCUGUAAGUUUGGAAGCUGUUGUUCUAAUAACCAUUCAGCCUGCCCUUGUGUGUUCUCAGGAGGUUUCAUACAGUUGUGUGCUAGAACAUUACAAUACCAAAAAGUGUGCUUCCCAAAGUAAUGCACUUGUAAGACUAUAGUGAGGCCAGAGCAACGCUUAGCCUACAGGGAAGGAAUAAUGAAGUGCUUCCACCCCAAAAUGUAAUUAAUUCACCUCACAUAAAAGGACAGAACCGGCAGUUUAAAGUUUUUAAAGGUGGCUAGGUCAGGUAGGGUUUUUGAGUGACAGUGCUCCUUAAAGGGACUGUAAAUAGCAAAUACUGAGUUUAGUGAUUGAGAAAGCAGUCACACAUCAGGUGUGAGCAAAGAGGUGGGAUCCGGUCUGUCCUUAACGUUCAGAGCCUCUGAGCCCAUGUGGGCAGAGCAGAGGUCAUCCUGUGAAGUGAUUCCUGACAGCAGACUGGAAUAGGCUAAACAGCUCACUGACAGGCUGCUGGGUGCUGGGAUCCAGGAGCUGCGCUCAGCUUCAUUUCUGUGAUUGGCUGCAGUGAAGCUACAUUUGAGCUUCAGUGUGAUAACUUAAGUAAUGGCCAAAGAGGUUCUAAUGGGAGGAUCCAAACGUGGGUGUAUCAUGUACUUUCUCACAGAGGACUCAAUACAGUCAGUAUCCUGUCGACUUGAAGAUGUUUGGAUUUCUGUAAGCUUUAAGUUUUCUUUAUCUGAUGCCUGUUACAUGCUAUGCUCAGGCACUGAACAAAAGACAAAUCCUCUGGCCAUGUUUAGACAGGCUUUUGUCCAUCCAUUACAGAGCAAAAUCACUGGCACUGUGUGGCUGGGUUGAGGGAGCCCCUGCCUGCUGUGCACAAGGCUCUGGGGUUCGCCUUGCCAUUUACAUUUGCUAAUUGCUGUCCGUGUACCAAAACGAUGGCCCUUCUGCUGGCUGUGCUCUUUAGAUAGGUUGGACCACUACUUAAACCAAAUGUCCCAUUGUGCUUCCUGCUGUGCCUUAGGAGUCAGAGUGUGUACUCACAGCAGCUGUGCCUUCCUUCCUUAGUGUCUGUAGUUGUACUUGACUGUUUAGAAUGGGAGCACAGAGAUCAGCAGUGAGGAGGGCCAGUGUGGCCCCUUCCCCACGCCCCUCUCUCCUCCUCCCACUGUUUUCACCAGACAUAUGACAAAAUACCCAAGAUAAACAGCUUAAAAAGAGGAAAUGUUUAUUUGGGCUCACAGUUUUCGGCCAUGUCAGCGCCAGGGUGCUUGGCCCUGUUGCUUUGGGGCUGGGGAAGAAGCAGGGUGCUGUGGCAGAGGGGAGCUGCCCAGGUCAUGGCAGCUCAGCUGGCAACAGAGAGGCAAGGAAGGCCCAGGGGUCCUGAUACAACCCAGUACGUAACUCUCCUCAACAGAGUCCUACUCCACAGUUCCUACCUUCUUUAAGCUAAGGAUCAAGCCUUCAACAUAGGAGAUUUGGGGUACAUUUAAGAUCCAAAUAGGACCAGCCACCACUACCAAGGAUUUUUUAUAGGAGCAAUUAUAUGGAGAGUGUUAAGAGCUAACUACACCCUUUCUAGGCAAGAGAGCCAGGUAUUCCCACAGAAAAGGAGGUGGGUUGAUAAAGUCCCAAGCACCGGCAGCAAACUCAGAGGAUGCAGAAGAAAGAGCUUGAGAGGGGACCUCACAGCCUGCUGCUCCUAUCACACGGCGUCCACACAUAGCUGACCAUAUUUCUAGGCAGCCUGGCUGUCCCAGGUUUCGCUCCACCGGAGAACUACUUUGUCCAUCCUGGAGAUGACUUGGCUCAAGAAAGCGGGGCUGAAUAGAAGAGUGCCGUCUUUAGUCUGAGCUGAAGCUGUAGACAUGAAGUGCCCCAGAGAGCCGGGCUCCCCAAGAACUCCUUCCAGCAGCAACAACCACUUGGUUCUGUGGAGGACACAAGACAGACAGCACUAGUGACAUUCCCACCAUGAAGCAGACGUCAUUCUGUGCUCUGAAGUACACAUAAAAGCAAUGCUGGCCACACCCCACAGCCAGAACUUGUGUCUCUCUCUUUGUUCAGACGCCACUUUCUCAGAUCUGAUAAGUUCCAAACCCCACUGUUGUACAAGGGGACCCCAGAACCUCACUGUGGUCGGUGCAUGUGCCCACAUCUGGAGUGGCGGGGGCUUGCACGGGCCACCUUCACAAAGCAUCCCUGCUGCCUACACUGUUCUCAAGCUCACUUUCAGAAUUCUCUCCAGAGUCUGCUGCAGGUUGUGAAACAUUGUAGUAAUGGCAAAUCUUCACAACAGUUCAAUUUGAUCUUGGGGAAUAGCCAAAAGUUAUUUUAGAUUUUUGUUGGUGAGUAGUGUAGCUGGUUAUGCUGGCUGAUAGCACUUUAGACAGCAGGCUGUGACAUUUAUCUUGUUGGUUGUAUUUUAACAUUAAUAAUCCCAAAAUGAUAAUAAUGGUAGCAAUGUAUUGUGGCCUGAUCAUGUAUCAGGAUUCUAGGUGGGGCCCUUACUGGCACCGCCUUAUAAUACGCCAAGGUCAGUCAACACAAGAGAAAAAUAAUCUUUUCAGUUGGCAAAGUGGUAAUUUCUUCUCUUCCAUUUUUUAUGUAAUUACUAAUUUACUAAAUGUGCUUUUACUUUGGCUAUAUUCUAUGUCUCCUUUCUAUUUCCUGGUCAAACCAUGCUCCUCCCCAAAAGUUAAACUUCCUGGCUGCUUGCCAUCUCCCUGGUCUAACCAUCUCAGAACCACGAGUUCUGCAUAGACAGCCACUGUCUGUAUCCCUGUGUCAUUGUACCUUGAUGCCAAAGGUCUUAGCUGCGUUUUAUGCUUUGGUCUAAGCUGUAAGCGGAGACUUGGCCGUGUCGGACUGCUCUGUCUUCUCGGCUGUCCAGUGAAGCAGAGUCAAUGUCCUGCUGAGGCUCACCAACUGACAUGGGCACAAUGACAGUGCCAGUGCUCCUUACACACGUCUCCAGUCCCACCAGCUCACGUGUCCUUCCUUCCUGAGUCCUACCUCAGGUCUCAGGGAAAGGCCACUGAGCUAAUAGCCUGUCUUAGUUGUGAGAUGGGAAAGUGGGGGAUGUUAAUACACAAGUGAACUGCAGUUAGGAAGGCUAACUUGUAGAGUUAACAGAGUUAACUGUAAAGUCCUUUCCAAUGACCUUGAUCACUGCUACCCUUGGUCAGUGUUCCAGACAAUGUCUAAUUUCUUGAAAAUGCAUAAAAUUGUAAGUAAAAGCCAAGCAUAUCCUUUAGAGAAUCCUUCCAUAAACUUAAUAACUGCUGUUUCUAGUAGCUAACCCUGGUCUGUCAUGGUCUGUCAGUGAGGACUGUUGGCCACCAGAGGGCAACUUCACUGUGAGUCUGCCAAGCACCUCCCAAGCCUUUACCAGAUUGCUGUCACCAGUUUAGGACUGCCCACGCUUGGGACUCCUGCUCACGUUGCCCCCCAGCGUUGCCCCCCAGCUGCUCGUCGUGUGCCAGUCUCACAGACCUGUGUGUAUCUUCCGAGCAGUCGGCAUCCUUCCUUUGUUAAUAGCCUGGCACAGUCUUAAAAUACCAGUCCUGGGAUGAGCAAAUGCUUUUGUGGGUUAGUUUGGUUUCCUUUGUUUUGACACAGGGUCUCACUCUAGCUCAAGUUAACUUGGAACUCUUGAGUCCCAGGCUGGCCUCAGAUGCCUACCUCAGAUUCCCAAGUGCUGGGAUUAGAGGCAUGAGUCACCACACCUGGCUCUUUAUUAGUAUAUAUUAAGGUAAAUUUCUUAUAUUUAUUGAAAUAUUAAAUAUAUAGAAGAAACUUUUAGGAGUCCCACUGCUGUGUUUCUUGCCUACAAGGAUAUUUGCAUAAUUAUGUAAAAAUACAGGUGCAAAAAUGUUCACUACAGCACUAUCUGCAAUAAUAAAAAAAUGGAAAUAGCAUAAAUAUAAGAGUGUAAUUUAAUUGAAUUAUGGACUGUCCAAAAAAUAAAGUAUUGUGUAACUAUUGGAAGUACUCAUUGAAAGGAAACAAAGGUGCCUAAGAGUGUAGCCAUGGUGUAGGUGUCUGUCCAGACCAGCAGGUCUCAACCUGUGGGUUGUGACCUCUUGGGGAUCGAAUGACCCUUUCAUGGGGGUUGCCUAAGACCAUCAGAAAAUACAGAUGUUUACAUUACAAUUCAUAAUAGUAGCAAAAUUACUGUUAUGAAGUCGCAACAACCAUAAUUUUAUGGUUGAGGGGGUCACCACAACAUGAGGAACUGUAUUAAAGGAUUGCAGCAUUAGGGAGAUUGAGGACCACUGGUCUAGACUUAUUAAAAGACGGACCAGGCACCCAGGAUGUUACCCAUGAGGUUGCUGCCGAGCCUGACAGCCUGAAUUCAGUCUCUGAGACCCACGAAUGGUGGGAAGAGAGAGCAAAGGCUCUCCCCUGCUCCUCUGAGCACCACGAGUAUACUGUGGCUCAUGAACAUACUUGUAACACAAAUAAACAUGUUUUAAAAAUCA